CAUUUUGAGGUUAGAAGCACUUUAUUUGUUAUGAAACUAAACCACAUAAUAUUGAAUGUCCCAUAAAUAAUUUGAUAUUUUAAAUUUCGGUAAAAGUCUUUCAUCUGUAAAUCUAAUCCGCUUCGCAAAUGCAUAGUUUAAAGAAUUUGACAGUGAGGCAAUUUUGGGCAAUUAAUUCAUUAAUUGGUCAGAAUUGCAGUCGCAAGCGUUAUUUGUGCACAACAAAAGAAACAACAGCCGAAAUUAACCGAACCACACAUUUUGGAUUUCAAACUGUCGGCGAAAAUGAAAAGGAGAACAAAGUGCAUAAAGUAUUUGAGGAUGUAGCGGCAUCCUAUGAUUUGAUGAACGAUGCAAUGUCGAUGGGAAUUCAUCGAAUAUGGAAGGAUAUUUUCAUGGAACGUCUUGGGCCGACUCAUGGCACACGAUUGCUGGACAUGGCUGGCGGCACCGGUGAUAUAGCUUUUCGUUACCUAAAAUAUCUGAAAAAUUCACGCACCGCAUCAGAUGCAAAGAAAAGUCAUGUCACGGUGUCAGACAUCAACCAAAAUAUGCUCGAUGUGGGCAAACAACGAGCGGAGAAUUUAGAAUUCACCAAUGAAUCUUUGGAUCAUUGUACUAUUGAUUGGGUUUGUGCAAAUGCCGAACAACUGCCAUUUGAUAGUAACACAUUCAAUGCGUACACAAUUGCAUUCGGUAUCAGGAAUUGCACACAUAUUGAUAAGGUGAUUGAAGAAGCGUAUCGAGUGCUGCAGCCCGGCGGCCGUUUUAUGUGCUUAGAAUUUAGUCAUUUGAAUAAUUUGCAAAUGCAAUGGCUUUAUGACCAGUAUUCCUUUACGUAUAUACCGCCGAUGGGUCAUAUUUUAGCCGGCCAGUGGGAGGCCUAUCAAUAUCUCAUCGAAAGUAUUCGCCGUUUUCCAAAGCAACAACAAUUCAAACAAAUGAUCCAAAAUGCUGGUUUCAAUUGUGUUACCUAUGAAAAUCUUACAUUCGGUGUUUGUGCCAUUCACUCAGGUUUCAAAUUGUAGACGUUCAAUUGAUUAAAAAGAAUAAAAAUUUUGACAAAUAUAAAACAUCGUCU